ACAGUUUAGCUAUUCACAAACAAACAAGAUGAAGAUAUAGUGAGAAAUUCGUUAUGUAAAGGGGUGCAUCAUGAAUCCAAUAACUACUAAGGUUGCCGUCAUCGGUGCCGGAAGUGAGCAAAUAUCUUUCAUUUCCCAUCAUUCUUUCAUACUACUACUUUCAGGAGCUGUCUGCGCUUUCAAUUUGGCCAAAAGUGGCAUUUCGGUCACCAUCUUCGAUUCCGCUAGGGGACCUGGCGGUCGAAUGUCUCGAAGAAGAGAAAUUGCUGAAGAUGGGAGGGAACUAUAUUUUGACCAUGGGGCACCUUGUUUUACCACAACUAACACCGACGUGGAGGAGAUGAUUAGGGUUUGGGAAGCAAGAGGUCUUGUUGCUGAGUGGAAACAGAAUUAUGGGUCAUUUGAUUUCAUUACUAAAAAAUUUGUCAACUUCGAAAAGGAAGGAUUAAGCAAGAAAUAUGUGGGCAUCCCAGGAAUGAAUUCUAUAUGCAGAGCUUUAUGCCAAGAACCUGGCAUUGAAAGUAAAUUCGGGGUCAUGGUUGGGAGAUUGGAGUGGUUGGAAAAUAAGGAUUCAUGGUCCUUAAUAGGUUUGGAUGGACAAGAUCUUGGUCAGUUCAAUGGGGUGAUAGCAGCAGACAAGAGCACAUUUUCUCACAGGUCGACACAAGUCACUAUGAAGCCACCUCCACUUGACGUGGAUGCUAUACCGGGGAUAGCUAACAUGGUUAAAGAAGUUCCUGUUAGACCAUGUUUCGCCCUCAUGUUGGCAUUUGAAACUCCUUUGUCUUCGAUACCAAUUAAAGGCUUCUCAUUUGAGAAUUCUGAAGUACUUAAAUGGGCAAUAUGUGACAGCAGUAAGCCAGGACGUCCUACCUCCAGUGAACGAUGGGUAUUGCAUUCAACAGAGAAGUAUGCAGAAGGUAUUAUUGCUCGGGAUGGACUUCAGAAGCCUUCAAAUGCAGCAUUGGCGGAAAUUGCUGAAGAACUAUUUGGAGAAUUUCAGAGGACUGGACUCGAUGUCUCUGUGCCAUUUUUCAAGAAAGCUCACAGAUGGGGCAGUGCUUUUCCAGCAACAAGUAUAGCAAGAGAUGAAAAAUGCAUAUGGGAUAGAACAAAGAAACUUGCAAUCUGUGGGGACUUUUGUGUGAGCCCAAAUGUCGAAGGUGCAAUCUUAAGUGGAUUGGCUGCGGCCUCAAAGUUUUCUGAAUCAUUCAGUUGUUUAUAAUGAUAGUCAGUUGGUCGAACUUAAGCAUUUCUAUGAUACGAGCUUAUCAUUUACGGUCUACACGAUUGGUACCUGGCAUCACCUAUUUUUGUUGAGUUGAAACCAUACAACUUUGUAGCGUUACGAAAAGAAUAAAGACGGAGUGAAAAGCAUGUGAAGGGUGGUAAAUAAUUCACAUUAUGCUUUGCCGAAAAAGGAAAUGAUCUACCCCAACUAUGUAAUAAAAUGUGUUGCUUUUUUUUUACACUCUAUACAUCCAAAAAGUUUGUUCAUCAACUCUUAUGUAUAUUUUCAUGUCAAAUUAUAUAUUAA